GCAAGCUCUCCGGUUCCUCUCACAUGCUCUCCAGAAUGUGUCCUGUUUUAUCAGCAAAGCCUCAGUGGGCCCGGUUCUGAGCCAUGACCUCGGCGGGUCAGGUCCUCCAGGCCCACCGGGACAGCCUGCUGCGCUGGACCAAACCCAACCCGGCCCCCCUGCUGCGCUGGCUGCGGGACGCCCACGUCCUGUCCCACGACCAGUACCUCUCCCUGCUGGAUCGGUCGCCUAGCAACGCGGUGGCGGCAGCGCUGGAGGCAGUGCGCGGACGGGAGGAGGCCAGCCGGGGGUUCCUGGAGGUGCUGGGGGAGGUGCAGGACUUCUACUGCGAGGAGCUGCAAGCCUGGGUGGAGCUGCACUGCAGGGCCCCCUCCCUGGACCAAAUCCCAGCACCGGUGCCCGUUGUCCAGGAAGAAGCUGUGCCAGACAGCCAGCUCAAACCACGGCUGAGUGUCAAGCAGACAAACCUGAGAGUUCCUCUGAUUGCCCACAAAAAGACUCUCCUAAAUCAGACAGAGAGGCUCACAUCCCACUCAGAAGAGGGAGGAAAGGUGUCCAAUUCCCACUCCCACAUCGAGAUCCGCUACACCGACCUCUUUGUGACUGAGGACAACGAGGAAUUCGAGAGCAGCCAGCACGAAUACUUCAACCUGGCCAGCCGCAGGGCCAGGAUCUACGCCCACCAGGCCUGCCAGCGGAUCCGGCCGUGCCAUCUCCUGAGCAACCAGAGGGCCACAGGUCGCCCGCCAAAGCGGGUCAAGGUGAAGGGCAUCGCCGGGAUUGGGAAAAGUGUGGCCAUGCAGCGCAUUGUCUACGAGUGGGCCCUGGGCAAGACCAUGCGGGAGUUUGUCUGCGUGUUUGACUUGCGCUUCCGUGAGCUCAACCUGGUCGGCGGUCCCGUCAGCCUUUUGGGCCUGUUGCGGUCCAGGUUUCGGUACCUGGCCCCCGUCCUGCCCGAGCUGUUGGGGUCCACAGGCUCCAUCCUCUUCAUCCUGGAUGGGCUGGAUGAGUUUAAGCACAGGCUGGCCUGGGACAGCCCGGACAGGGACAUCGGAGUCGACUCGGAGGUGCCCGUGUCGGACCUGGUGGUGGCCCUGGUCAAAGGCAGCCUCCUGCCCGAGGCCUCGCUCAUCCUCACCACCAGGCCCUCCACCGAGGCCCCCAGAAGAUUCUUCCAGAGGUGCUGCGUGGUCCUGGGGUUCGAGGAGGCCCAGGUGAAUGAAUACACCUCAAAGUUCUUCAAGGACACUCAGGUAGCCUCCAGGGUCUACGGCUACAUUUCGGGGAAUGACAGCCUCUUCGUCCUGUCGUUCAUUCCACUCUACUGCUACAUCAUCUGCACGGCUUUAGCCGAGUUCUUUGCGGGGGGGAGAGAGGACAGGCAUGGCGACGGGGGCGGGGACCGGGACGGCUCACAGUCACUGGAACUCAACCCUCCACGGACUGUCAGCGAGGUCUACUACUGCUACCUGUACACUGCCAUCAAGCACCACGCUCUGAGGGGUACGGCCAAAAACACCGCCUCCAAAUCAGAAGUGUUCUCCCUCGUUAAGGCCCAGCUGACCAGCCUGGGCAAGCUAGCCUACGAAAACCUCCUGAGGAGCAAGAUAAUGUUCGAGCGGGCGGACCUUGAGACCUUUGGGCUGGAGCCCAAGGAGGUGCGCAGCACCUUUCUGAGCCAGAUCCUGGUCCCUGUGAAGGAGGAGAAGGUGGAGAUGUUUGCGUUCUUCCACCUGACGGUCCAGGAACAUCUGGCCGCCCUGUACUGCGCUGUCAAUCUCUCCAGCCCCCAGCACAUCAUCCAGGGGCUUGAGUUCUGGUGCUUUGGUGACCUCCUCCCAUCAGCAGCCCCUCCCUUACUCCUAGCCCCAGACUUUCACCCAGACCAGACCAGGGUGGAGAACCUGCAGAUGUUCACCAGAUUCUUCAUGGGGGUGGUCAGGGCUCGGAUGGGUGACCAGUUGGCCGGAAUGGAGCCAGACCCUUUGGACAAGGAGGAUCUCCUGACCCAGCUGGGGGUUUGGUUUCAAACCCAGUUCAAGAGCAGGGAGCUGGCCAACCAGACAACCCUAAACCUGCUGCACUGCCUGACAGAGCUGCACGUGGACGAGGUGACCAAGGUGGUGGCCCCGGAGAUCAAGAGGCUCAACCUGUUCAAGAUGAAGCUAAGCGUGGUGGACUGUGCCACCCUGUACUACGUGCUGCAGUUCUCCCCCCAUCGCCUGGACGAACUCAACCUGGGAUACUCCAACAUUGGGAACCGUGGCCUGCACCGGCUGGGGCCCAUCCUGCACCGCUGUGAGAGCCUCUUUUUGCGCUACAACUGUUUGGAUCGGGAGGCAGCCAUUUUGGAAUCUGCAGUUCUGAAAUCAGAGGACUGUCAGGUGAAGAAGCUGUUCAUGUGCGGGAAUAGCCUGGGCUCGGAGGGCGUUCUGGAGCUCUGGCCGGCCCUGGAGCACAACGUCACGGUGGAGGAGCUGUACCUGGACAUCACCGGCAUCUCGGAGAGAGGAACAGAGACCAUGGUGAAGUGCCUGAGCAGGAACUCCACCCUGAAGACCCUCACCCUGGUGGGGAACGAGAUCGGCGAGGUUGGGAAGGACAGGCUGGGGGAGCUGAGGCGACGCAGGCCGGAGCUCCACAUCAUCGGGGACUUUGUGGACGACCUGGGCCUGCUGCAGGCCUACCUGGACUGGGUGGAGGAGAUCCGGGCGGACCGGGACCAGAUGGACUCCGUGCGGAACGUGGACGCGCUGCAGUCCGUGCUGAAGGGCCUGAGAGUGACAGGGGCCCGUGGCGAGGGGCAGAAUGCACAGAAAGCCAAGGAACUGGAGACUAAGAUCCUCCAGCUCCUGGAAUCCUCGCCAGAGCUUACAGCAGACAGACGAUAAAAAUGCCUGCAUACCAACACAUACAGUACUGUGCAAAAUCUUAGGCACCUGUAUAACAUUAUAUACAGAUAAGAUUCUUUCAAAAAUAAUUCAAUGAAAGGUCCUAAAUAAAUAAUAAAAGAAUAAAUAGUACAUUCAUUUUACAAUACAUUUUAG